AUCUUUUCGAUAGUGCAGAACUGCUAUGAUGGCGGAUGGCGAGCUUGGGAAACUGCAGCGCCAUCUCGCUCUGUUACACAAUGAGUACGUGAAACUACAGAAAAAGUACGAUGAACUGGAGAAGAAACACAAUCUGCUUGUUGCCUCGUCUGGAGAGCAGGAUGGAGAGGAGACGUUCGUUUCUAGGCUGCUCACAACAGUUGCUGAUUUGUACGAUGAAGAGCUAUACAGUGACCUGAUAGUCACUCUUGAAGGUGGUCAUAAACUGAAAGCGCACAAGUUUGUUCUGACUGCCCGCAGCACCACAUGGGGUGUGCCAAAUCUAAACGAUGUCAGUUCACUGGAUUUCUCAGAUGUUCCCCUGGUAAUUGGGCAAGCAAUGAUGAACUGGGUUUAUACAGAUAAGGUUGACCUGCAGGGGGACGAGGACUUCAUUCUUAAUCUCAUGCAAGCUGCCAGCAAGUUUCAACUGAAGUGCCUCAUACACAAAUGUGAGAAUGCCCUAAUGCGACUUGUCAAAGUUGGAAACUGCAUCAAGUAUUUCCAGACAGCUGACUCGCUUGGAGCCAGUGCCCUGAAGAACCACUGCUCUCAACUCAUCUCCUUAUAUUGGAACGACUUCACGAGUGAGGACUUUGCGAGCAUGUCCGCGCCACUGCUGUACAGCAUGUUCAAGUCGAAGUCGGAGUUCCCACUACACACGGCCAUCAGAGCGCUGCGCGAGGACGUCGUCUUUCUCUACCUGGUCGAGAACAAUGCUGAGGUUGUCGAGGGGAUGUGCUGUGUUGCGGCUUUGCUACUCAGCCACAAUGCAGACCCCAACGUCCAGGACAGCAUGGGCAGAACGGCGCUGCACUGUGCCGUUGUCACGGGAAACGAACGAGUCUUUUCGCUGUUGUUGGAGAAUCAGUCGCUGAACCUGGAACUACGGAAUCUAGAUGGUUUCACACCUCUCUGGGUCGCACUGCAGCAGCAUUGUGAUUAUCAAGAAAAGAGCUUAAGCGCCCGACUAGUGGCACGUGGCAGCAGUACAGACGCUGUGUGUCCCAAGUCUGGUGAUAGUUUGCUCCACUUGGCCGCACGAUCUGGAAAUGGUGAUGCAGCACUGUUCCUGGUGAAAUAUGGGGCACAGCCUGGCCUUGUCAACAACAGGGGUGAGACGGCGCUCCACUGUGCUUGCCAGACGGGAUUGGCGAAGUUGGUGGCGGCACUGCUGCUCAAGGGAGCGAACCCGAACGCACAGACGCAGGACGCAGAGGUGGAGGCUGUGGCGGAGGAGGAGGAGGAGGAGGAGGGAGCGGUCGGCAAGCAGACGCCGCUUCACGUUGCUAUCCGCUGCUCACGCGAGGCUGUGGUCAACGUGUUCCUCGAACACAAGAGGAGGCUGACCGAAUCGCCCGACAACAAGCUAGUGAUUCCGAAUUUCAACGUGAAGGACUCGCGUCACGAGACGGUUCUCAGCCUUGCCUUGUGGUUGGGUCUGCAUGACAUCGCAGCCGGCCUGCUAGCAGCCGGAGCAGAUAUCGAUUGCAAGGAUGCUGAGGGGAAUACCCUGCUCCAUCAAGCCAUCAUAAAGCAGGACUCGCGCAGCGCAUUGUUUCUGCUGGAUCACAGUGCUGACAUCACGUCGAAGACAGUGGACGAGGAAACGCCGCUGGAACUUUCCAUUAAGCGCCACCUACCAAUCGUAGUUGACGCGCUGUGCCAAAAGGGGGCCAACACGGACGAGCCGGAUUCGCAGGGCAACAGCCCGCUGUGGAAGGCACUCGAAACCGGACAGGAAGACAUCGGGUCUGUUCUGGUGAAGCAUCGCUGUGACACGACAGCGUGGAGCCGUGGUCCUGACGGCUGCGAACAGACCCUGCUGCACCGCGCCAUCGACGAGAACAACGAGGCCGUCGCCUGCUUUCUCAUCAGAAGCAUAUGUGAUAUCAACAGUCCGCGAAGGCCGGGUCCGAAUGGUGAGGGAGGAGAAGAAGCAUAUGAUGGGCAAACACCGUUGCAUCUAGCGUGCCAGUGGGGCCAGGAAUUGGUGGUACAUAGCUUACUGGAGCAAGGAGCUAACGUUAACAUCAGGGAUGCUGAGGGAAAGACUCCCAUCCAUAUCGCCAUAUCUAACCAGCACCAGGUGAUCAUAUCACUGCUCCUCCUUCAUCCUGGACUCGACCUUACUGUCAGGGACAAGCGAGGACUAACUCCCUUUGCUGCUGCUAUGACGAGCAAGAAUAACAAUGCAGCGCAGGCCAUACUACAGAAUGAGCCCACAGCGGCCGAACAGUGCGACAACAAGGGUCGCAACUUCCUGCACGUCGCCAUCCAGAAGGCUGACAUCGAGAGCGUGUUGUUCCUGAUCAGCGUCCACGCGAGUGUGAACACCCGCAUACAGGACUCGCACCAGCUCACCCCGCUGCAUCUAGCCGUCAUCGCCGGCUGCGAGAUGAUCGUCCGAAACCUGCUGCUGGCCUUUGCUAACAUCGAUGACGUCACUCACCAGAAGCAGACGGCGCUCCAUCUGGCAGCGGCUCACGACCAACAGACGAUCUGUGCGGUCCUCAUCGAAAACAAGAUCGACUACAAUGCCGUCGACGACAAUCUCAACAACGCAUUACAUAUCGCAGCCCAGAAGGGCAACUUGGGUUGUGUUCGCAUCCUGCUCACCGAGUCGCGAAUCAAUGCCGAGGUCAUUAACAUGAGGGGUCAGACGCCGAUGCACAUGCUGGGUCGGUACGGCAAGGAGAACGCUGCCGCCAUUUUCGAUCUCUUCAUGGAAUGUAUGCCCGAGUAUCAGCUGGACAAACCGGACGUCGAAGGAAAUACUGUGUUGCUGCUGGCCUAUCUGAAUGGGAACGUGAACUUGUGUAAGGCAUUAGUACGCGCCGGCGCUCAGCUAGGAAACACAAACAAACAGGGCGUGUCCAUCUUUAAUGCUCAGGUUGCCACGAAACAGCUACUAUUCAGACUUCUAGACUUGCUCUCUAGGGAACCACCAUGGACUGAGGGGGAAAACUGCAACGAAUGCGGUGUAAAGUUUAGAAUAGCAAACAGAAAACACCACUGUCGUCACUGCGGUCGUCUGCUUUGCAACAAGUGCUCAAGCAAGGUUAUUCCGAUCCUCAAGUUCGACCAGACUAAGCCGGUUCGAGCGUGCAGCAUCUGUUUCGACGUGCUCACCUUGGGAUCGUAGUCGCGUCAUCCGAGCGCUGCUACCGUGCUGCACCCUGGUGUCCAACUGCAUCGCCGCCCCGGUGACGUCACGGCAGAUUGAACUCAUAGUUGAUUGGCUGUGUCUGAAGUAGCGUGUUGCGUUUGGCAUUACCCCCCCCCCAUCGUAUUUUACAUGUGCUAUUGGUGUAAUUAUUUCUGUUGGCGCGUUCUGGGUGCUGUUAAAUAGUGGCAUCCGUCACUCGCAAGAAAGUAUGUGUGAUGUCGGUAUUUCUUUUAUGUUUGCAUUUUUGACUAUGGUACUUGCCUGGACACUGAUGUUUGUUGCUGUGUUAAAAUGUGCUUAAAUUCGAAAUUCGAAUACACUUCGGUUACUGAUCGAUACUGCAUUUAUUGUGUGGUAGUAUUUGUAUGCAGAAAUGACUAGGCAUAUAUAUAUAUA